AUGGGUUAUUUAGACGAAGAGAAUCAUUUUGAUGUGAAUGAAGUUAGCGAUAUUACCAAGGACUCGAUUGAACAUACAAUCGGCAAUCAAUUAUACCAACGAAAUAUGGUAAAUAAAUGGGUGAAUAAUGUAAUUGAUAAAUCUCUAAUGAGAUUAUGUCAAUUAGCCAAACCUUUUAAGUAUAUGAUGAUAUGUACUAUAUUGCAAAAAAAUGGUGCUGGUUUUUAUGUAGCUAGUUCAUGUUAUUGGGACAACUCAACAGAUCGUAAAUGUAAUGUAAAAUGGGAAAACGAAUCUAUGUAUGUUAUCUUAACAAUUUUUGGUCUGGCCUUUUAG